AUGGAAGCAGCGACUUAUUCGUUGCCUCCUUCCAUUGAACCUAUCGUCGUUUUCAACGAUCAAUCAUCUCGUUUCUUCUGGAUAUACCCGUCGUUGAAAGUUGAAACCCUAAAAGGUUCCAGUUCUUCAUCUCAAUUCCAGUUUUCACACUUUCACGUGGUUUUUAAGUUCAAUGUAUCGGAUGAGUUUUUGGGGACGGUGGCUCCGUUAGUGGUGUAUUGGUUGUAUUCUGGAUUUUACGUGUUGGUUGGAUCGGGAGAGAAGUAUCGAUUGCAUUCGAAAAAAGAUGAAGAAGAUAAGAAUUUGGUUUCGAAGACGACUGUUGUUAAAGGUGUUCUUCUCCAACAGGCUAUUCAAGCUGUCGUCGCCAUUAUUCUUUUCACAGUUACUGGAAGUGAUGAAGAUUCUACCACCACCAAAACCCACUCACUCUUUGAUCUCGCAAGACAAUUCUUCACAGCAAUGGUGGUAAUCGACACCUGGCAAUACUUCAUGCAUCGAUACAUGCAUCAAAACAAGUUUCUAUAUCGCCAUAUCCACUCCCUUCAUCAUCGCCUCAUUGUUCCAUACGCAUUUGGAGCUCUUUACAAUCAUCCAGUCGAAGGUCUUCUACUGGACACCAUUGGUGGAGCACUUGCUUUCCUCAUAUCAGGCAUGUCCCCUCGAGCUUCCAUCUUCUUUUUCUCAUUUGCCACAAUCAAAACAGUUGAUGAUCAUUGUGGAUUAUGGCUUCCUGGGAAUCUUUUCCAUGUGUUUUUUUGGAAUAACUCUGCUUACCAUGAUGUUCAUCAUCAACUUUAUGGGACAAAAUAUAACUACUCACAGCCUUUCUUUGUUGUUUGGGAUAAAAUAUUUGGGACUUAUAUGCCUUAUUCACUUGAAAAGAGAGAGAAUGGUGGGUUUGAAGUAAGACCUGUAAAAGAUGUCAAGGAUGAAUGAUUCUUUUCUAUGGUUAAUAGAUUAUAUAUGUAUCAUUAUGUUUGCAUUCACUGUUUAAAUGUUUAAGUAUAUUUAUCUUGUCAUCAUAAGUGUCCAAUAUAUAUAGUGUCUACCAAUUUUGUAAAAUAUUGGGAUUACAAUCUUCUUUAUUCUUUUUUGUGUAUUGUAACAAAUGUUUCAUUUAUGUUGAUGUUUGUAAACUUAUUGAUAGCUAAAGGGAGUUUUUAAACA